AGUUACAAAACUUGAUAAAAUUAAAGCAUCAUCAACAUUUACAUCAAUAAAAUCAAGCAUCUGUUGUGUCCUUCUGGACUCAGUGAGAGUCUAAACUGACUCCCUCUUGUAGUCGGAGGAAAAGCUUGAGCUCUAAUACCAUUUGCAUGCUUCCUGCUCGACGAAUUGACCAGCAGAGUUUUUCUCUUAGGAAACCAAACUCGUAAUGGCGUUGAGAGAUCGAAAAGAACGGCUAUGAAAAGAGGCAAAUGAUAAGUGUCAGUAUUGACUACACAAAAGCCUGUGAAGAGUUAGACAAUUCGCUUGGAUGAAAUGAUUGAGAAACUGAUCGAAACAAUCCAACAUUUAUGGGAAGUCUCCAAAUGGCCUUUCCUUUUUUCUCCUUGUCAGCUUUGGUUUUCACAUUGGUGUAACUGUUGGCGAUGAACUUCAAGAUGAAACUUUAUGCAAUAAAGUUUUAUUUAAAUAAGUUGUAUAAUAUGGACAUGGUUGGAAGUUGCAGACAAUCUUGUGAAUUUUAGCAUGAGAGGUAUGGACAGGUUAAAAUCUCUGUCCUUUUGCCCACAAGAAAAUGAUUAAAAGGUUGCAGUUUGCUCUAAACCAUUACCAUAGCCAUGUCAAUCAUGGUGUUCAAAAUGUUGUACACCCUAGUUCCAAGAUUGAACAGUCAUUUAACAUUUACAUAAGCUCCUUGUGCAAGCAAAAGCUUUUCAAAGAUGCGCUUCAGACCUUUGAUGUUUUAGAAAAGAACGCAAAUUGCUUGGUAGAUCCAAGCACCUAUGCUCUUUUGAUCUCUGCAUGCUCAUCAUUGAGAUCCAUAGAGUAUGCAAGAAAAAUUCAUAACCACAUUUUGGAGUCCAACUUGCUGCCCAAUAUGAUCCUGGAGAAUCAUAUUGUCAAUAUGUAUGGAAAAUGUGGAUUCACAAAGGAUGCUAGGAAAGUCUUUGAUAAUAUGUGGGAGAGAAAUGUGGUGAGCUGGACUGCGUUAAUUGCUGGAUACUCACAGAACGGUCCAGACAUUGAAGCCAUAAAAUUGUAUAUCCAAAUGCAGCAGUCAGGUUUUAUGCCAGAUCACUUUACAUUUGGAAGUGUGAUUAAAGCGUGUUCAGGUUUGACUGAGGUAGAUUUGGGGGAUCAGUUGCAUGCCCAGGUAAUAAAAUCUGAAUUUGGUUCUCACCUAAUAGCUCAAAAUGCUCUUAUUGCAAUGUACACCAAGUUUGGUCGUAUUAAUGAGGCAUGCAGUGUUUUCUCCCGCAUCAAGUCAAAGGAUUUAAUUUCAUGGAGCUCAAUGAUUGCUGGAUUUUCAAAACUUGGUUACGAAUUGGAAGCUCUAUGCUGUUUUAAGGAAAUGCUCUUUCAGGGUACCUACUAUCCAAAUGAGUUUAUUUUUGGCAGUGUUUUCAGUGCAUGUGGCUGUCUUGGGCAACCAGAAUAUGGGAGGCAGAUACAUGGGAUUAGUAUAAAAUAUGGUUUCAAAGGAGAUGCUUUUGCAGGUUGCUCCCUGACUGAUAUGUAUGCAAAAUGUGGUUUCUUGUGCUCAGCUAAAACAGCCUUUGACCUGAUAGAAAGUCCUGAUAUAGCAUCCUGGAAUGCUGUGAUAGCGGGCUUUGCAUAUGGUGGUGAUGCAAACGAAGCCAUGCUAAUUUUUUCUCAGAUGAGGCAUUUGGGGUUGGCACCAGAUGAUAUCACUGUGCGUUCCUUGCUUUGUGGAUUCGCGGAUCCAUUUGGCCUGUCUCAAGGGAAACAGUUGCAUUCCUAUAUUAUAAAGAUCGGACUAGAUAUGGACAUUCCAGUGUGUAAUACGUUACUUACAAUGUAUGCUAAUUGCUCAGAUUUUAUGGAUGCAUAUAAAAUGUUCAAUGACAUUCAAGGCAAUGCAGAUCUAGUCUCAUGGAAUGCUAUAAUCACUAUGUGCAUGCACCAGCACCAGGUUGCAGAAGUUUUCUUGUUAUUUAGAACAAUGCUGCUAUUUCAGGGGAGGCCUGAUCAUAUUACUUUAGCUAAUGUACUGGGGGCUUGUGGAAAAUUUGCCUCUUUAGAGAUGGGGCAUCAAGUUUAUUGCUUUGCUGUGAAGAAUGGGCUCGACUUUGACAUCAUAGUCAUGAAUGGAUUGAUUGAUAUGUAUGUGAAGUGUGGAUCCCUUGAAAGAGCUCGAAAACUCUUCGACUGCAUGCAAAACCCAGAUGUCGUCUCCUGGACUAGUUUAAUUGUGGGGUGCGCACAGUUUGGCUAUGGAGAAGAAGCUCUGAAUCUCUUCAGUAGAAUGAAGAACCAAGGCAUAAAGCCAAAUCAAGUGACAUUGGUCGGGGUUUUGACUGCUUGUAGUCAUGUUGGACUGGUAGAAGAAGGGAUGCAGUUGUUCAACUCUAUGGAACAGGAGCAUGGUGUAGUACCUACAAGAGAGCACUUUUCAUGUGUUGUUGACUUGCUUGCUCGAGCUGGUCGCAUCCAUGAUGCAGAAGCUUUUAUCAGUCAGAUGGUAGUUGAACCUGAUAUUGUGAUGUGGAAAACUCUACUAGCUGCCUGCAAAAACCGUUGCAACAUUGAAGUUGGGAAACGUGUUGCUGAGAAUAUAUUGAAGAUGGAUCCUUCUAAUUCUGCUGCUCAUGUGCUACUCUGCGGCAUGUAUGCUUCUGCCGGUGGCUGGAAAGAUGCAGCCACAAUGAGAACUUUGAUGAGAGAAAAAGGUGUAAAGAAAGUCCCUGGUCAAAGCUGGAUCGAAGUGAAGGAUAGGGUCCAUGUUUUCUCAGCAGAAGAUGGCCUGCAUCCAGAAAGGGACAGAAUUGUCUCAAUGCUGGAAGAGUUGUGGUUGCAGAUUCUUGAUGCUGAUUGUAUUUCAUCCCUGGAAUAGAGUUGCUAGUGAACCAAUACAUUGGCCCCUGGGAGAUGCAGCACUAAUACAAACCAAUCAGCUUUAGGGCCUUUAUCCAACUGACGUACGAGAUUGCAAGUGCAAGCAUUAACACUUCAGGGUCAGACUCUCACGGAGGGUCCUUUAUAAUUGAAUCAUCUGAUGAUUUACGAAUCUGUUAUGGACAUUGUUAUUAGAAUUGCGAAGCAACAUAGAGGAUAGAUUAGGUGAUCAGGCCCAGCAUUGCUCAAAGAUUUUUCACCCGGACAGCCACAACGUGUUACACAAGAGUUUUGUAAGGACGGAUGCCUUCAUCACAGACGAGGCGCUGUAAUUGAUCGUUCAAAAGUUUAAAAACGUUAGAGAUGUUGAACUGGGAUUUUGCUGUACCUAUCAGCAACUGAAUGAUGUAUUACUCAUUAGUCUUAACUGAUGUAUCAUUUGGCGAAUGGAAUUAUACUUAUUAUUCAUGUAUUCCACUCUCUGCAAUACAUACCGUGUGUGCUCAAUGCCAACUCUACUU